AUGGCGGACUCUCCGCGGCGCGGGAAGCGGGGCUCGUGGGUGCGGGCGCGCAAGGCGCGACCCCAGCCCGCGCUGGGCCGCCGGCGCCGCCGCCGCGUCGAGACAGGUCGCGGGGGGGGCCGGAAGCGCCUGCGGCGGCGGGUGCUGCAGGCGCUCGCGGCGGGCGCCGACUGGCUGGAGGGCGCGUGCCCUGAGGGGCCGCGCGGCGCCGAGCCCGGCCCGACCCCGGCCCCCAGCCCGGCCUCCAGCCCGACCCCGACCCCGGCCCCGACUCCGACCCCGGACCCGGACCCGGCCCCCGCCCCGACCCCCCACAUCCCCGUGCCGCGCCCCGUGAGCCGGGGCCGCGUCCUGCUGCUGCUGCCGCUCGAGCAGGGCUACACCUUCAGCGGCACCUGCAGGCUCACCUGCGUCCACGGGCAGGUGCAAGUGCUGGGCUUCACCCUGGGCCGCGGCCACGCCCGCGACUUGUUCUCGCCCUACACCCACGCGCGCCUGACCAUCAGCGCCGUCCACUACCCGGCGCCCGAGCGCAGCGACAAGGACACCAGGAGGGACCUGCGGGCCUCGCUCAGGCCCUACAUCAAGCUGGAGGACCGGAACUGGGUGAUACAGAAGUACUCCCACCUGUGUUCCGUUGUCUUGCUGGAACCCGUGAAAAGCAACAUGGUGAACUACAUAGUCAGCCACCCGGGCCUGUCCAUGGUCUUCUCCCAGGAGUCCACCAGCCUAGUUACCUCGGCCACCGAAAAAACAACUCAAGAGCUGCAGGAUGUCGGGAUCAAAAAGGAAAAAAUGAAGAGUGGCCUGGAGAUGUCCGAGAGCGCCCUCUCGGCCCUGGAGGAGCUGGUCAGCCUCUCCUGCGAGGAGGUCGACGGCUGCCCUGUCAUCUUGGUGUGCGGGCAGCAGGACAUCGGGAAGUCGACGUUCAACAGAUACCUCAUCAACCAGCUGCUGAACAGCCUCCCGUGCGUGGACUAUCUGGAGUGUGACCUCGGACAGACGGAGUUCACCCCUCCCGGCUGCAUUUCUUUACUUAACCUCACGGAGCCAGUCCUUGGGCCCCCUUACACCCACCAGAGGACGCCCCAGAAGAUGGUGUACUUCGGGAGGACGACAUGCCACGACCUCAUCGACAGCUACAUCGAGACGGUGAAGUAUGUGUUUGCUGCCUACAAGAAGGAGGCUCCGCUGAUCAUCAACACCAUGGGCUGGAUGACAGACAAGGGGCCGCUGCUGCUCGUCGACCUCAUCCGCGUCCUGGCGCCCAGCCAUGUGGUGCAGUUCUCCUUCGAGAUGCGCAGCAAGCUCAUCCCGGACCUCACGGCUGCCUACGUGGACGACACGGACGGGCUGUACACCAAGAGCCCGGCCAGGGCGCGGGCCCGGGGCUCAAGCUUUCUGCCUGACCUGCCCGAGCCGGAGCUGCCUGAGGACGAGCGGGUGGGCCCCGCGCUCACCACCGCGCACAAGCUCAUCCACGUCAGAUCUGCGUUCACGAUCCGGAGACACACGCGCAACAGGGAGCCGUUCAACAAGGUCCUGCGGGACCUGGCCCUGCUGGGCUACCUGAGCCAGCUUCACCCGCCCGCGCCCCAGCCCCUCCGGCCCCUGCAGGCAAUGACGCCCUACCAGGUCCCUUUCAACGCCGUGGCGCUGCGGGUCCUGCAUGCCGACGUGGCCCCCACCCACAUCAUGUACGCGGUGAAUGCCAGCUGGCUGGGCCUGUGCCGGUUGGCGGACGAAGUGCGCGGGUACACGGACGGCCCAAUCCUUCUGGCCCAGAACCCGCUCUGUGACUGCCUGGGCUUCGGCAUCUGCCGGGGCGUCGACAUGGAGAAGAAGCUCUACCACAUCCUCACGCCUGUGGCUCCGGAGCAGCUCCGCACCGUUAACUGCCUCCUGCUCGGUGCCAUCUCCCUCCCCAGCUGCGUCGUGAAGUAUCAGAACGGCCCGGAAGGGACCAUCCCCUACGUCACCUCAGAUUAUAACUUCAAACUCCCGGGCGCCUCGGAGAAAAUCGGAGGCAGAGAAUUGGAGGACGGAGAGGAGGACAAGCUGCCGCCCCGACAGAGACCCCCGCGCCAGAAGAAGUCGUUGCUGGGGCCCUUGUGAGGGGCCGCGGGGGCCACACUCCUCGGGACUUGGCCCCCAAGUGGUG